AUGAAGCGACUGAGCAGUUCUUCGCCGCAGGGUGUCGCCGAACAGGAGCGGGGCGCGCACCUCCAGCUCGCGCAGCGCCACCGGAAGAUCGUCGCCGGCAGCUUCAAGGGCCGCAAGGCGCUCGAGCCCGAGUUCUCCACGCCUGGCGUCGUGGGCAAGCUCGCGCUGAGCUUUACGACCACUGGGCCGCUGGCCAAGCACACCCGGAUCACGUGCCAACUGCCCGACCACGGGUGGACGCUGCCCACAGGUUCAUCGCCCAAUGUCGUGCUACAACUGCCGUCCCCGAAUGAGCACGCGACCACUGCGGCGCUGCCCCAAGUUAAGAUGACGUGGAGUGCUCCGACCCGGACGAUGGAGUUUACGUUGCUGAACGAGAGUGUGAUCCCUGCAGAUACGCCUCUGGUGUUGGUGGUGUCUGGUGUGGGCACUCCAGAGAAAGCGACGCCGCAAGGCGAAGCCAUUGUCACGACUUUCGAGAAGCUGGUGGUCAGGAAUACCGUACCGACGUCCACGCGUGGCGGACAGAUCAUCGAUGGACCAGCUGCGUUUACACUACCGAAGAUCAUGCCUGGGUCGAUUGGUGGGGCGAAACGCUGGAGCCCGUUUAAUUGUUGCCCUGGGGCAGUCUCUGCUGUCACGCUAGCGUUCACUGUCAAUGGCAAGAUCCCUCAAGGUGGAAAGUUGCUGGUGGAGCUGCCGCCGAACGGAUGGGAUAUGGACGGACAGCCCAAAGUGCUGCUUCGCACUCCGGUGUAUCAUAACAAAGCGAUCUCGGCGGCGUGGGACUGCAAUCAGCACGCGCUGGAGAUAUAUCUGGGUUCUGACGGAACAUCAAUUCCCACGAAGACGAACGUCAUAUUGACGAUCGCUGACGUGAAGAACCCGAAGAAAGAGACGACGUUAUCAACUCUAGCCAACGCAGCCAAUGAGAUGUCGGCCGCUGCACGUCUUACGACGCUCUCGGCAAGUGGUGGAGUAAUCGAUGGCCCCAGUCGAGUCGAAGUGGCCCGCAUUAGCAAACUCCGAGAGCAAGAUUUUGAAGUUCUCACCAAAGUUCUUGACACAGAUGCAGCGGAAAACCCAGCCAGCGAGGAGGACAUCGCUAUUGCCACCGUUCCAGAUAUUUUGCGUCGGGCAGGUCUUACUCUCUCAAACGAGUUGUACCAGUCUCUCGUGGUGCCGUGCUUUCCCGUGCGCGACGCUCUCCCCAGCAUUGACCAAAAGAACAACGAGCCCGCGUCUUCUGACACCGCUCGUUCAACUGCUUCGGAUGCCACACCGAAUGCACCAGCCGUUGACCGUCUUUCGCGAGAAGAGCUGCUUAAUGUGUUUGCUCUAGUGUACGCUCCUGCGUACAAGUGCGGCCAGCAGCUUCGUUUGGCGUGUGGUCGAGGACACGUGGAUCUUGUGCGAGAGUGGAUAAGUCGCGGCUGCAAUCCAAACGCCGGGGAUGCUUCUGGCUGGUCCUCCCUGCAUUACGCCGCGGACUACGGCCAGCUCGAGGUGCUGAACUUGCUAGUCGAGAUGGCAUCCCCGCAACCAGAAGCUGACGGCACUGAUGCUUCCGAGGCCAUGACACUGGAGAUCGACGCCCGCGACAGCCACGGCUGGACUCCGCUCAUCUGCUCCACCAUUCUCAUCGAGAAGGGAGCAGACCAAGCGGUGAAGGACAAACUGGACUACACACCCCAGUUCUACGGCGACGCAGCAUUCCUACCCCACAAUACAGGCACCACGUAA